AUGUUACUUACCAUUUUCAAUAAACUGAAUACGAUUGAUAUGCUCUAUUCAUUGGUAGAUGUAAAUCAGCGAUUUGAUCGAUUAGCACUUGAUUCUCUCGUUAUUGAUCAUCUCAAUUUUGUGAUUAAACGAGAUGAUAUUCAUAGUUCUUCAGUAGAGAUUGAUAUUCUUUCACGAAUUUGUUCGAAAAUCUUACCUCGAAUUAAUGAGAAAAUAAUCAAACUCACUCUUGAAUCACAUUCUAUGGAACGUGUUAUUAAUGCUAUUGAUUAUCCUCGACUCCAUUCAUUAUCAUUAGUCAAUUAUCAACCGGAAAUACUUUUACGGCAUUUAUCAGUGCGUACUGCACUUCAUAUUGAACCAAUAGUUAUUUAUAAUGAAUUAUAUACUGUCUUUGUUGAUGAAGUUCCCCAUCUCAGAACUGUUCAAAGAUGGUCAAAACGGUUUCGUGAAGGUCGAGAGGAAGUUGAAGAUGAAGAGAGACCUGGCAGACCUAUAACGGAGACAACAUCUGAAAAUAUUGAACAAGUUCGCGAUCUUAUUAAUGAUGAUCCUUAUGCUACGAUUGACGAACUUGAAGCACGAAGUGGUCUAAGUCAUGGCACCGUUCAACGAAUUGUUUCUGAUCAUCUGCAGUUUAAAAAAGUCACUGCUCGUUAUGUUGCCAAACAUCUGACUAACUCUCAAAAAGCUGAACGAUCAACUGGUCCAGUUUUAAUUCAUUCUGUUAAACGUGGACAAACAAUCGAUCAUCAGUAUUACAUUAAUAAUUGUUUGAAACCUGUUAUUGAUGAAAUUAAGAAUCAACGGCCUACCGUAGGUACUCGAACAAUUAAACUUCAUCAUGAUAAUUGA